AUGGAGGCCCCGGCUUUUCCCUGGGUGGAAGACGGCAGCCCUCCAGGGAACGUGCUGGGUUCAGGAGGACGGCCUGCAGACAUAAAAGAUAAAGAAGAUGCAACAUGGUAUUUCAAAGCAUUGCAGUUGGCACUGGCUUUAGCUAUUAUCCGCUCCAAGCCACCAGAUAAAAGCAGCAGAGAAUAUGCAGUGCACCUGGCCAAUGCAGCAUCUGGACAGGAUUCCAAAUGGAAAAUGAGAGUUGAAGCAUUAGAAAUGGAAGUUCUUCGUUUAAGGCAACAGCUCCUUUUGAGUAAAUUUUUUUCAGGAAUCAGUGUAAAAAACAGCGUUGAAAGACCACUUGAAGGCCAGUCUGUGGCAGCUUCUAAUACAGCAGAGUGCACAGACCUUUUUGAAGAUUCUGGAUGUGAUCUCUCAAAUGACUGCACAGUUGAUCCAGUAGAAACCCUCCCUGCUUUCAGCCUCAGGGGGCAUGAUUUCAACAGUUCGGCCCCUGCCAUUUUGUCAAAUGUACUUCCAACAUUGACUCCCAGCAAGAGUGAGUCUCUGACGUUGCACAUGCAGUUCCUACAAAAUUUCAUUGAACUAAGAAAUCUGUCAGAGUCCAAUAGUCUGAAAAUAGACUUGACAAAACUUGGGAGGGAUUGCUCCAUUGUGUCCAGUUCUUUUUCUCAGUUACUCGAUGGUCUGGUUACAUCAUAUAACCUUCCUGAACAACCCUUUCCAGAUUUUAUGACUCAGGCUGUUUCUGUCAUAACUAAAUUAUUAAAUGAUGCUGAUUUUUCUUGUCAGAUAUUGGGAAGGUGUUUUAAAAAGCUGGAAGACACUGUGGAAAGACUUGUACAAAUUAUUUUAAACAGCAGCUAUCUCAACAGAUUUCAGGUUCAGGAUUCCAUCUCCCACGCCCUUGUUCUGUUUGGGCGAUGCAGCCUAUUAAGAAGCUCUACAAUAUCCUUCCUUUUCAGAGAAGUCAGUCAAUUUGCCAAUAAAUUGCAGCAUGCCAACAAG